AUGAUGUGUGUGCCCAGGUGGCCUGUGUGGCUCUUCUGCUGGCGGGCAGCCUGCGUCCAGGGAGCCUCUGUGCGACAGAGGAUGUGGGCAGGUCCGUCAAGGAUCCCUGAGCUGGGCGGCCUGCGAGGGGUCUGGGGCACCAGCCCCCUGGUUCGACGAGGCAGCUCCUCGGCCUCCUCCCGUGCUCCUGAGGUGACGCUGACCCCGGAACGCUACCCUGUGCGGCGGCUUCCCUUCUCCGUGGUGUCUGAAGACGAUCUGGCUGCCCUGGAGCACAUCGUCCCUGGCAGGGUCAUCACAGACCCGGAGGAGCUCGAGGCUCCCAACGUGGACUGGCUGAGGAUGGUCCGAGGCUCCAGCAAGGUGCUGCUGAGGCCCCGGACGACCCAGGAGGUGGCACACAUCCUCAGGUACUGUCACGAGCGGAACCUGGCCGUGAACCCACAGGGGGGCAACACGGGCAUGGUGGGUGGCAGCACGCCGGUCUUCGACGAGAUCAUCGUGUCCACUGCCCUCAUGAACCAGGUCCUCAGCUUCCACGACGUGUCAGGGGUCUUGGUCUGCCAGGCGGGGUGUGUUUUGGAGGCGCUGAGCCAGUACGUGGAGGAGCGGGGCUUUGUCAUGCCUCUGGAUCUUGGGGCGAAGGGCAGCUGCCACAUCGGGGGCAAUGUGGCUACCAACGCGGGCGGCCUGCGGUUUCUGCGAUAUGGCUCCCUGCGGGGGACAGUCCUGGGCCUGGAAGUGGUGCUGGCCAACGGUACUGUCCUGAACUGCCUCACGUCUCUGAGGAAGGACAACACAGGCUACGACCUGAAGCAGCUCUUCAUUGGGUCGGAGGGCACCCUGGGGGUCAUCACGGCCGUGUCCAUCUUGUGUCCGCCCAAGCCCAGCGCUGUGAACGUGGCCUUCCUGGGCUGUCCGGGCUUUGCUGAGGUUCUGCAGACCUUCCGCACCUGCAGGGCGAUGCUGGGCGAGAUCCUGUCUGCGUUUGAGUUCAUGGACGCUGAGUGCAUGAAGCUGGUCAGGCUCCACCUCGGUCUCUCCUGCCCCGUGCAAGAAAGCCCCUUCUAUGUCCUCGUUGAGACCGCGGGCUCCGGGCCGGGGCACGACGCCGAGAAGCUGGGCUGCUUCCUGGAGCAGGUGCUGGAUUCGGGGCUGGUGACCGACGGGACCCUGGGCAGCGACGAGAGGAGGAUCAAGAUGCUGUGGGCACUCAGGGAGAGGAUCACCGAGGCCCUGAGCUGCGAUGGCUAUGUGUACAAGUACGACCUCUCGCUGCCCCUGGACAGGCUGUACGACCUCGUGGGCGACCUGCGUGCCCGACUCGGCCCGAGCGCCAAGCGCGUGGUGGGCUAUGGACACUUGGGGGACGGCAACCUGCACCUCAACGUGACGGCCGAGACCUUCAGCGCGUCCCUGCUGGGCACCCUGGAGCCCUACGUGUACGAGUGGACGGCGGGCCAGCGGGGGCAGCGUCAGCGCCGAGCACGGCCUGGGCUUCAAGAAGAAGGACGUCCUUGGCUACAGCAAGCCCCCCGAGGCGCUGCAGCUCAUGAGGCAGCUCAAGGCCCUCCUGGACCCCAAGGGCAUCCUGAACCCCUACAAGAUGCUGCCCACCCACACCUGA